AUGGUCUCUUGUAGCCGGUGCCUCCUUAUCGAAGAUGAUGACCCAGAUCAACCAGAGCGGAUGGGAGCCACAAGGGAUCUCUUCAGUCUUCGCCGUGGACGGGAACACGAUCCUGAUGCUACGAGAAUACUUAUGAAAUUUGCGCCUUUCGGUAAAUCCAUGGAGCCAUUCUACACACAGCAGGUGAUAAAAAAAAAAACCUGCACCGUGGGAACUUCCAGACACUACGGAAGGAGCUCCAGAUUCUCAACUGUUCCAGCGAGGUUCCAGGGCGAGAACCUCAAAGCGGCCCAAGUGGUCUGGGCUUACGGCUAUUGAUAUGGUUUUUAUCCUUACAACGGGAUAACAGUGCUAAUUUCUUCAAGCUUCGACGGAUAUGUAAAAAAAUAAAUGAGGGCGAUCCAAGAAGCGAUGAUAAUGGCGAUUAUUAAACGACGCGUGAGAUUGUUAUGUCAUCCUCCCACUGAUGCCAUGAUUUACAGCCCGGUGACACAAUCUAUUAUAUAAGCGGCCGUUAUGAAUAUUCACGGUGCUUACUCUUCCAGCACCUCGGAUGCUGCUUAAUGAAAUACCGCACUCUACAAUUUGUACUUCGUGAACUAUUUUACAGCACAGCAUACUUAGAUGUACGAGUGAACCACCCA